GCAGUGUCCGGCGCAGGCACCAUUUACGUGACAACCAACCUGCGAAAUUCUGCAAACGAACCAGGGACCUCACAAUGGAAAUGGGUCUCGGCUACUUUCGUCGGUACCCUCUGUCUCAACAUAUAUUGCAUGACAUUCAUCGCAGGCAGACUUGUUGUCUCGGAAUGUAAUCUCAUCAAAGCUGGCCUCCAACCUGACGCCACCAAUGUCAUCACGAAGGCCCUCGUCAUCUUCAUCGAGAGCGCAAGCAUCUACACAGGAUGGGCCGUCUUUUACUGUGUGUCCUACGAAACUCAGAGCGACGCGCGUUUCGUGGCGCGUGAUUGUUCGCCUGCUGUCGCGGGACUCACGUUCGGGCUCAUCAUCGUUCAAGCCCGCCUGGCCUUCCCGCAGGGCGUAGCCGAAAGGCGAACCGGAAACACCACAGACGAGCUGCGGUUUGCCUCGCAACACACGUCACACAUGCUCACAUCCAUCGUGGUGAACGUGCCCGAUAUCGCACGGGAGCCCGAGGACAUGGAUGCGGAUAACCAGCACGACUCGUUGCCUCAAGUGAAGCUGUUGAAGCUGGAUCCUCUUCAUGGAAUGCAGCACGGGUCAUAGCGACAAACCAGAUUCUUAUAAGUUACGACUGCGAGUAAGUAUUAUAUGUACUCAUACGUGCUA